AAAAAGAAACGCAAAAAUGUAUUCAUAUCUACCAUCUCCAACAAGUGUAAUCUACCAAGUGCAACGUAUGAACCCAACACGAUGACUUGGUGCGAUACAGGAAAUUGCGUCUUCCUGUCACAUGGGCUUGCCACUAGCAUCUCCACAGAUAAGCAAGCAAAAACCCACAGCUAGGAUGAAGACGCUGUACUUCCGUUUGGUUCUCUAAUCCACAGGAGAGCUGUAUCGCCAGAACUGUACUUCAGGUUGACUGGAUUUGGUGUGGUGCUGUAGUGGAGAUACAUGAUAAGAAGCUAAAAGGACAAGGGUGGUGGUGACUCAGCAGACAGCUGACCUGAGGACUACGGCUGUCUGUGUAAACUGGAACGUGAACAGAACUGCACCCAAUAGCUGCAAGUUGGCUCUAACUGGUGGAUCUCAAGCGAUGGAUGGCACCCCGGUCCUGAGGCACAGACUUGCCCAGCACGAUGCUCUCUCUGAUUCCAGCACAGAAGACUCCUUGGAGGAGCUGGGUAGCCAGGAGUUGCUGCUCAGGGACUUGCCCUGCUCCAUGAAGGAGAAGCGCCUCCUCAGGCAGCUGAGAGUAUCCGCAGGGAGAGAUGUGUCCUGCUGGGUGGUCUGGAGACAGAGACAAUCCAGGGCCCAGAAGCAGUUUCAGGAAGGAAUCUGGAACCUUGUCAGGAUUUUCCAGCUCUGGAAGCCUCCCCUGGAUGAGAUUGGAGGGAACUUUGGUCCUGGCAUCCAGUCCUACUUUACCUUCCUGAGGUUCCUGCUCUUCAUCAACUUCCUGGCUGUGCUGCUGGCCACAGGCUUCAUACUGUUGCCUGUUAUCAUUUCUCAAAAUACGACGAUAUUUCCUACAGGUCUGAGUGCAGAUCCUGAAUGCAUAAAGUACAGCAGUAACGUCAGUUAUCGAUCUGCCUGGCAACGAUUCCAAGAUAUCUUCACCGGGGAGGGCUCUCUGGAGAAUUCGUACCUGUUUUAUGGUGCUUAUCAUGUAACACAGGAUAGCAAGAACCACUACAAUGUACACUUAGCAUACUUGCUUAGCAUCCUGGGAUACUUCUUUGCCUGCCUCAUUUGGAUCCUCCGGCGGAUUGUAGCCAGCGUGGCCCGGUGGCAGAUGCUGCGGUGGGAAUUCAAACCAUGUGUCAGUGCCAGGAUCUUCACAGAGUGGGAUUUCUGCAUCCAAAGCCCAGAGGCAGCCACCCUCAAACAGAGGAAUAUUUACAAUCACCUAAAGAUAGACCUAGCGGAGCAGAUCCGGCAUCUGCAGAACCAACAGCGCACACGGAAGCAGCUUGCUAAGCUCUACCUGCUACGCCUGCUGAUCAAUGGUGUCAUCUUGCUGCUGACAGGGGCUGCUUUCUACUGUAUCUACGCAGCCACUGAGUUUUCCCAGGGGCACAGUCAAAAAAAUGCUGCCAGCCUUGAUGUACUGAGCCAGUACCUGCCACCAGUGGUCAUCUCCAUUGUGAAUGUCAUCCUGCCUUUACUUUUUCAUGUCUUGACCCAGUUGGAAGGCUACUCUCCUAAUACUGAAGUCAACCUCACCCUAGUCAGGUGUGUAAUCCUGAAACUGUCCAGCCUGGGAAUGUUCAUGUUCUUCUUGGGACGCAGAGUGCUAUGCAUAGGGAGCGGCGGUGCUCCUGAGUGCCACCAAUGCGGUUACAACAAACUCUAUCAGUGCUGGGAAACCCACAUUGGACAAGAGAUGUACAAGAUGACCCUCUUCAGUUUCUUGACCACCUUGGGAUCUGCUUUCCUUAUCAGCCUGCCCCGGAGACUGAUUGCUAAGCAUUCCUCCUGUGGUCUGGCUCAGUGGCUUGGCAAAGAAGAGUUCCUGGUGCCUCACAAUGUACUGGAUAUUGUAGCAGCUCAAACAGUCAUAUGGAUCGGGAUUUUCUUCUGCCCACUUCUGCCUUUGCUUGCCUGUGUCUUCGUCUUCUUCACAUUCUAUAUAAAAAAGUACACCUUGUUCCAGAACUGCCAGCCUUCAACUCAGCUGUUUCGAGCAUCCCGUUCUAAAUUCCUCUUCCAGAUCAUGCUACUCUUAGGCCUUUUCCAGGCCUACGUCCCUCUGGGCUAUGUCAUCAGUAGGGUCUCUCCAUCCCAAGCUUGUGGGCUUUUUACUAAUUAUUCAACUCCAUGGGAGGCAGUACCUAAGGCUUUGUCCCAUUUACCCAUGUCAACACAACGUACCUUGAGCUAUGUGACAUCCAAUGUCUUUUGUUUCUUACUUCUGAUGGUACUCAGCCUCAUCCUUACAGUGUACGUUUCUCAGGUGCAAGCAAACAGACACAUCAUUGAAAGGCUCAAGAGGCAACGUGUGCAGUGUGUCAAGGAGAAAUGGUGUUUAGUGAGGAAACUGGCUCAGCGGCUGGUGAAACAACUGUGAGUUGGGUUGCAGAGGGGAAAGGCCUCCCAAAGGACGAAAACUUCUGGUGGCAGGGCAACAGGCAGGAAAAAGAUGGUCUUGCUCCUGAGGAAAGCAAAGACCAUAGAAUGGUCAAAGCAUACCUGGAUUCAAGAAGCAAAAGAAGCCCCCGAGUGUGAUUUGAACAUUAUAUGCUGGAAGACCUCAUUUUCCUGUGAACACAAGUUGGCUCAUAGAACUACCCUAUCAUACCCUUUAUCUUUUAGAUAGGUACAAUACAUACUUUUUCACUGUGCAUACAGGUCCCUGGGAUGUACGUUUGGUACCUAAUAUCAUAUCUUCCCUGUGAGCUGCUGUACCUUAUUUGGCCAACUUCAUGUUAGAACAAGUUCCUGCAGGCCUGAAAAUGAUGUUUUGGGGAAAGAGUAAGGUGUAUGGCAAGAAUAUAUACAGCCUUAUCAUGCCAAAGUAAUUCUAAUUCAACAAAAAUUUGAAACUGAGUACGUCACCAGUCCUCACUGAGGUGGAUUGCUUACUAACUGGAUCAUGAUCUUUUGGUAUUGCAAAAUAAAACAAAUGCUUUGUCUAAUAAA